AUGUACAGAGCAUUUUCUAUACUUUAUUGUUUGAUAUUAUUUUGUUCUGUUAUCAAAAAAUCUUUAUUGAGACAAGAUCCCAUGGAAAUAAUAAAAGAAGAAAGCCAUAUGAAAAAGGAGAAAUCAUUAUUUACAAAGGAACACAACAAUAUAAUAAGAAAUGUAAUAGCAAGUUUAUGGCAUCUCUAA